UUCAUAAAUUUUAUUAUGGGGACAGAAGUGGCUAUAUCUUUUAGUGCAUUGCGUACACAACUUGAGAAUGAAAAGAGCAGCCUAUUUAAAAUUGACGAAAACAUCAAAAAGAUAGUGCAAACCUCGGGAAGAUUUCCCAAUGAUAGGUUCAACUCGUCAGGUGAUUAUUCAAGAGGCGGAGCGCGGUUAGGGGGGCGGAAUAUAUAUCCCGACUCCGGCAAAAGUGAGGACUCAUUCGGCAAGAGGAAACAUGAAACCAAAACAGUUUUCAGCAGGUUGUCGGCGCGCACCAACGACAGUGAUGGCGAAGACGAGGGCCCUGGCAAUAAGCGUGCGCGCAUGCCGUCGGCCGUGUGCCGCGAGCUGCCGACGCGCGCCGCCGUGUUACGUGCGCAGGGCGACGAUGAGCAGGCACGGACUCGUAACAGACGCAUUUUUGGCUCACUGCUCGGUACUCUGCAAAAGUUCAAACAGGAAGAAAUUGGGCUACAGACUAAGGAAGAAAAGAAAGCUCAAGUGGAACGUAAGAUAGAGGAGCAAGCCCGGCAGGAGAAAGAAAGGGAGCAACGAGAAAGAAAGACUCUGUUUGUGGAAAGGGAGGUGAAGAAAGCUACCAUUAAGGCUCUGGAGGCGAAAAUGGCACGAGUGCAGGAGUUUGAAAAGUGGGAGGCUUCACAAAAGAGCCUUGGAAAUUUUAUUCUUACUAAGUCCAAGCCACACAUCUACUGGCUGCCCAAGAAGAUGACGGACAAAGCUUCAGAAAAACUAAAUUCCAGUAGAAAGUUCCAUGAAAAAUGUAUGGCAAAGAAACGUCAAGAGCUUCAAGAGGAGCUGCAGCGGAUAGAGCAGCGGUGUCUGAGAGUUCGAGGUGCCAAAGAGAAUGAGCCAGAUGCUAGCCAGGAAGACAAAGAACAACAGAAAGUUAAGGAGUCUGAGGUUGCAGAGCAUGAGGUAAAAGAUGAGAAGGGCAGAAAAAGAAAUAAGUUUGCCAUGGAUGUGGAUGAGAAGGAGAGGGAAGACAGUGACGGAGAGGACAGGAAUGGUGAUCCAAAAAGAGAAGAUGUUGCAAUGAUACAUGAAAAAGAUUCUGAUGAAAGCAAAAUGGACUCAAGUGUUGAACAAAAUACAAGCAUGGAAACAGAAGAAGCAGAUCACAAGAGAAAUACAGCUCAGGAGAUAUCAGUGGAUGCAGACACUAACCAUGUAAAGGAACCCGACAGUGAAGAGGCAGUAGUCCCUCAACAUUCCUAAAACAGCCUAAAUAGU